AUAGGGAGUCUGGACAGUUGUAAAGCAUCAGAAGCAACCUAGCCAUCUGUACAACAAGCCAGCUUUACCAUGAAGUUCCUACUCCUGUGCACUCUCAUCUUGGGCCUCGCCUUCUUCAUGGCUUCUGCUCUACCCCAAGCCAACGAGAAUGAUGCCCCGAUGGUUGAUCUUGACCAUCACCAUCAUCAGGUGGUGCGCAGCGCACCAGUGCUUCUGGACGACGAGAAGACACCGCACAAGCACGACGAUGUCGCCUGCUGCGGCUAGGCUUCAGGGUAAAUAGGGCGUGACGACACUUUCAUCGAUCUUCAAACGCCUUUAAAUUUAAAUAAAGAGCAAUAUUGAAAAAAGUA